GCCAUCGAGAGGAUCCACAGCUUCACGGGCAGCCAUGGAUGGGUGUGGGAAAAAUGGUGCCGAGAUCCCAAGCUCGAACGGCCCCUUAUUCCUGUCUCCGAGCACAACGACUUCAAGCAGUGCCUGAAGGAUAUGCAGCAGCACCUGUCGGCAGUCACCGUGCUCAAAUGUGAAGGACUCUUGGCGCAUGGCAUCCAGCACUACAAAACUAAGCAGGGCAUGUCGACCCUCCGCAAUCAGUUGGCGCUGAUCGCCGGAGGCAGCGUUGCCGCAGAGAGUAUUUGCCGUCAGCUGAAGGCAAAAGCAGAAAGCUUGGUGGCGUGA